AUGGCGGAACCAUCGAGCUCCGAGCUCUUCCGCAUGCUGGACUCCAUUGGGAAAUGCGCGGGACAUUCGGGUUUCCGCGAGUGCAAGAUCAAGCUUCGACAAGCAAUCAUCCUCCACGCGCCGGAAAUUCUCCCCGUCCUCAACGGAAACGCGCGUCCUUCGGCGACCGCGGCGAACGCGGAGGAUGUGGCCGCGUGGGACAAGACCAACGGUCGCCUGUUCUCCCUCCUCUACUUCGUGACCUCCGGGUCUGCGCAGCUCACUGCCCGCACUCACGAAGGGGCGGCGGAUAGUGACAUGGGGGAUAGGACGGCGGCCUGGAGAGCUCUCAACGAGCGUUUUGAUGCUCAAACCCAGGAAGCUCGGCGUGCGUGUCACAACGAGCUGUUCAACCUGCGACACCUUGCGGGCGGUGAUCCCAUCGACUUCUUCAGAAAGGGGUGGGAUCUCAAGCUUCGCCUUAAGGUGCUGGGGGAGGAAGUGUCGGACCCAGUCUACCUGGACAUCAUGCUCUCAGGCCUGACCAAGACAGUCCGGAGUUCAAGCCGGGGGGCUGCGAUGGCGGUCGCGUCCGACACCGACCAGUGCCGCCGAUGCAAGGCGUACGGACAUUUCAGCGCAAUUGUCCCCAACAGGUCCAUAAGAGCCGUCCUAAGCAGAGCAAGAAGAAGGGAGCCAACAAGCGAGGAAGUGGUGGGUAUCCGGAUGGUUGUGGACAGUGGAGCGACAGACAACUACCUCGACCCUGGGCUUACACCAGGAUUGCGGACUCACAUGCGCGACGUCGAAUACCUUCGGGUCCCACACACGAUCGUCGCCGCGGGCCAGCAUGUCCUCAAAGGCGUUGCGACGGGGACUAUCUUCGGGGCCGUCACGGACGACAAUGGGAACGACCGGCACGUCUCCUUUCGCGUCAUCUUGGUACCAGGGCUGGGCACCAACCUCUUCUCCGUGACAUUGGCGAUGCUAAAAGGGGUGGCGACGUUGUUUCAUCCGGACAACCCCAGGUUGGAGUCAGGGGACGUGGUUUUCCCAAUGCAGACCCUCGGGGUGGACGCCACGACCGGAAAACGCAUCUACUCCAUCGAGGUCAACGGCGUCGACUACACCGGAGACGUGAAGGACUGUAGUGUCUGCCCGCUCGGAAUGAGCGCACAACAACCUCACCCAAAGCAGGCCACCUACGGCGUCCUGCGCCCCUUCCAGCACGUUUCCGUCGACACCCUUGGCCCCUUCACACCUAUUGCAUUGUGCGUAUUCAAGUAUGCCACCAAGGGACCGUGGUUCCUAUNGCGCCCCUUCCAGCACGUUUCCGUCGACACCCUUGGCCCCUUCACACCUAUUGCAUUGUGCGUAUUCAAGUAUGCCACCAAGUUCGUGGACCAGCAGACCAAGUGGGCGGAGAUAGUUCUCAUGAAGGACAAGGCCUUUUCUGUAGACUCCCUCGCGUUGUUCAAUAAGGGGACCGUGGUUCCUAUCGGAGAACGCAUUCAUUGCCUCCGUGGGGAUCAGGGCACAGAAUUCACGAGUGCGGACUUCCGUCAGUACUGUCAAGACAUCGGCAUCAAGCUGGAGUUCGCCUCUCUGAACACCCCUCAGCAGAUCGGAGCCAACGAGCGUGCGGGUCGGACGAUUUUGAAUGUCGUGCGCUGUCUGCUCGCUGACUCAACUCUACCGAACUUCCUUUGGGGGGAGCUGAUCCAGACGGCAGUCUACCUGAGCAACCGGGUUCCUCAUGCAGCCCUGCAAAACGGGACGCCGUACAAGGCGCUCUACGGCAAGGAUGCCUACCUUGGUCACCUUCGGGUGAUACGGUCAAGGGCGUUCGUGCACGAAGAAACCCACACCAGGAAGCUGGAGCACCGUGCUUAG